AUGCGGCAACGACGAUGUAUUGAGCUAGUAAAUGAUUAUGACAUUGAGAUUCUCUACCAUCCAGGGAAAGCCAACGUGGUAGCAGACGCUUUGAGCAUAAAAGAGAAAGGUGGUACGAUUAAGGCAGUAGCAAUGAGAAUGAACCCAUUGCCAGAUCUCCAUAGUGAAGUUGUAAAUUGUCAAGAAGAAGCAAUGCAAGAGAAUAAUUUCAAAUUUGAAAGAAUAGGUAAAAUGAUUUCCAUCCUGGAAAAGAACGAUAAGGGAAUUUUAUGUUUCCAGGGGCGGAUCUGGUUACCGCGCUACAGGAAUAUUCGGGAGACUAUUUUGGAUGAAAUCCACAAAUCCUGGUAUUCUAUUCGUCCUAGCACCAAUAAAAUGUAUAAAGAUUUAAAACUUAUCUAUUGCGGCCUAGAUUGA